AUGGUCACAUGGGCCGAGGGCCUCUACGAUGUGGACUUGGCCUACGACUGGGUGGAAUUCUUCGCUGGCCGUGCUAAUUGCACGAGCGCAGCUCGUGUUCGUGGUGCCUCUGGCCUGAAGCUGGAUAUCGAGUACGGGAACCGUGGUAAGAAGAAGAGCAACGGGUCUAUUUGCUAUGCCUUCUGGUGGACAUUGAAGAGACAGUAUGCCUACAGCAAUUCGCCAAAGAUCCGGCUCAUCAACAGGAUCUAUCCAGUUCAUUUUGCCCUGGCCAUCGCAAAUAUCUUCACUGAGCUGAAGAGCACAGCCUUGGGGUGCCCUCGUGUACACGAGGCUUGCCGUGGCCUGGCAGCUUUUCAAGCAGCUGCUGCAACAGAUGCAGAUGCUGCAGAGUCUGUAACCAACGCAGUCGGUUUCCAGGCUGUAGUUAAGGAGGCCCAGGAUACCACCAUGGAUGUCGAGGAGGCCAAGCUGCUAGCCCAAAUCAAGGACCUGCAGCUGGAGCUAGAGACCCACGAGAAGAAGGAUGGUAUGGAGGUGGCUCUCCAAAAUUGGGAUGUGGACUCCAUUUCCACCCGCUCGACGGUGCCGGGCUUCUCCACGGACAGCCUGCUGGGAUCGAGCGAGAGGCUCGAGGCCUCUCCUACUUCGAUUGCCAGCGCUGGUGCAUCAGCCGAGCCAAUCUCACCGGCCACAGUCGUGGGUGCUGUGAACAAGGGCUCCGGUGGCAAUUCCCCAGACCAGGUGUUGGAGAAUGCUCUAGUGGUUCCGACCCCUUCGCAGCAAGUUGCAGAGGCUGCUGCGGCGCCACAGGCCAAGCAGCUCGCAUUCUCGCCCAGCGAGGACGAGGAGGAGCUGCAACACGAGCAGGCAGAGGACAGUUUGUGUGAGAAGAAGAAGCCGGAACUCCUCCGCAACGCUGCCAAAGCACGCAUCAGACGUAUGAUCAAGGAGAAAAAGACUCGCACGGAUUUGGCCGUGCCGGCCUUCGUAAAGGAAGAGUGGCUGAAGGGGACGGCGUCGAAGGAUGGGCUUGCCGAGCUCCUGCAGGAAGUGAACUGGGAUAAGGCAGGUUUUCUUACAGACUCAUUCCAUGUAGAUUCUGUUGUUCACAUGCAUCUAGACUGUAGAGGAGCUACUUGCCUAGAGUGGUUCGAUCAUUCCAGCUUGCACCUGUUGGUGCAGACGAAGUUCGUGAACCAGUUGGAGUUGGUGGUGAAGAAAAAGCGAACGAUGGAAGUCGUUCGUGACGAAGGCUGGUAUUCCGAACUCGAGAUGAAGACAGAGUUGGGCUGGACACGCAUAGCCGGUGCUAUCCAGAUUUGCAACAAGACGCCGAGCACUCACAUUCGGCGCAAUCAAUAUGACGGAGUUUUGGAGUACUGGAUUGUGGUCAGGGAAACAGGCAGACAUGCCGAGAGCUUGACGGAGGAGGCAGAUGGCGAAGUCAAGCUGGAUGCCAACAACUUCCAAGCCCUGAACGACAUGAAGAACCGCUCCAACAGCACUGAGCUGGCCAAAGCUGGCGACCCCGGCCGGUCAAUCUCGACCUUGGAGACGCAUAUCGCAAGUUUGGAGUCUGAGCACGAGAAGCUGAAUCUACACAUGGCCCAGGGUGAGGUCUCGGGCUUCGGGAACAAGAACAAGUGGUGGUGGGAGACAGCAGAGAAAAUGAUGAAGGAUGCCACCUUUGUGAGCCAAAAGAAGCACCUCGAGAAGACCGGGAAGCCCGAGGCCUCUGAGGCACCCAAGGCCAAGGCAGCCCCCACUCGGAAAACGGCUCCGAAGUCAGCGGCGGUGCCGGACCAGCUCUUCGCCAAUGGAUUUCCAGCAUCGGAGAUGGGGACCGUGACGGCCCAUAUCCUUGGAAGAAGCCUUGUCAGUGGAGCUGCUUGGGAUGAGGCAAGACUACCUGAGGAGCUGAUCGACGACCCGGACGUAAUGGCCGUACUUCGUGGGAUUGAUAAUCAUAGUCAUGUUUGCUGGCGACUUCCAACGAAAGUUCAAACCUCUGGCGGCGUCCUGAACCAUGCCGUGAAAACCAUGCUCCUGCUCCAGGCAAGGUUUUCUCCUAUGAUUUUCAAGUUUGGCUUCACCCAUGAUGCUGCAAGACGUUGGGAUCAUUCCAAUUACGGCUACCGUUUCGAGAAGGAUCGGUGGCAGGAGAUGCUCAUCCUCUACUUGAGCACGGAAAAAUCUGGUGUGCCUGGAUGUCGAAACAUUCUUUCUGGAGGCGAUGGCAUCGGGACGGAUCAAUCGGCCCCUUGCAAAACGGCGAUCCUUUCUGCAAAGGCUGUGGUCGAGGAGAUUCCCCAGGCUGCUAGCAGCAGCAUCGGCCUACUUGCAAGAUGUGAUGUGAGGAAUAGCGAGCGGGACGUACAUCGCAUGUCAAGGCGGUGUCGGCUGAGCUUACCAGUGAAGAUGACUGAGACCAUUGUGCGUGGAAUAACUGUUCCGGUUUUGCUACUUAGCUCCUGGCUCCGCUUUAUGCUGGGGCACAACAUGUGGCAUGUCUUGAGUGGGCUGGAUGCCCCUGAUAAGUCGAGAACAUUUGCCCAGUGGAGCGCCUUCUGGGAGGCGUACCGCGGAGUAUGUCCGCAGCAUCCUAUAUAUGCUCGGGCGGCUCGUGGAGAGAUCUGCUUAGGCAGAACAGCCGCUUUCCUCGUUCACGGGGACGAGGGUCGUACACGGAAGAAGUGCGCCGUCAUGGUCAUUUCUGCACACAGUAUUCUAGGCAAGGGUUGCCAUGCCGCCACCAUUGAUGACGACUCCUAUGCAAAGCAGAAACUGAAUUUCAAAGGACAUACAUGGGCCACCAGAUAUCUCAUGGGUGUCUUGACGAAAUCAUACUAUGAUGAUGGACAUGGUGAUGCCUUUUUCCAGGAUUACUUGUCGGUGUUCACAAAGGACCUUUUGGAACUCUACGAGAAUGGACUUACUUCCUUGUAUGGCGAGAAACAUUGGAUCACGGUCAUAAACGUUAUUGGGGAUUGGCCAUUUCUGGUCAAGGCCUUCUCACUGAAUCGUUGCUUUGCCAACGUGAGCAAGAAGGCACACAGCAAGAAGCCGGGUGUCGGGAUCUGUCAUUGUUGUUUGGCCGACCGCGGGGAUAUUUGUUGGGAGGAUUUCUCAGCGCCAGAGCCAGCCUGGCGAAGCACAAUCAAUCAGAUAUCUCCCUUCAAUGGCUCUCCAGCUUUGUUGUCUCUUCCACAUGACAGGAGCAACCCCCCGUCAUUCCUGGGCCAGGAUUGCUUCCACGCGUGGCAUUUAGGAGCAGCCAAACAGUUCCUGGGAUCAUGUUUGGUCUUGCUUGCCGACACGUUUCAGGGGAGUAGCAUUCCGAAGAAGUUCGAGGCCAUGGCGGCUCACUUUUUCGCCUUCUGCAAGGCUCGAAAGAUCAACCCGCACAUUCGCAAAUUGAACCGUUUGACUGUGGGAUGGCCGAGCAAUGCUGACUAUCCGUGUGCAGCCUGGAACAAGGGCUCAACUUCUACGGCUGUUUUACGAUGGUUUCUUUGGGCCUGUGAGCAACGGUCGGAGCUCAUUGAAAAUGACUCCCUGCUACGUGGGGCGUUCUUGGCAGCCCAGCAGAUCUACCAAUUCUUUUCGAAGAGCUUCAAAGAGCAUGUCUGGAUUCCUAGUGACCGUGCUUUGGUGAUCAGUGGUCAUGGUUUCAGGUUUCUGGCCAUGCACGAAGGCGUCGAGGAGAGCGUGGCAGCCUGCCUGAGACUCGCUACACCUUCAGGGGAGGAUGGGCAGUCAGUGGGCAUGAGUGGAGCCUGUGAAAGGCCACCCCUGCAGGCCACCACAUACGUAGCUCAGGACGUGGGCCCUGGCCAGCCGCGUGGAGUUCGGAUGAUGGGCUCCUCUAGCGCCACGGAGCUGCGGAGCCACGUCCGGGAUGAGGCUCGGCGGCUCGGCCGCUCGGACGUUGGAGCCCAGCGGCGGCAGCGCGUGGCGCGUGCUGCGGACAGCUGUCGGGCCGAGGUGAACUCCUACCGGCCUUUUGCCGCCGACUUCACCAAGGAGGAGCCUCGGAUGAUGUGGCGACCGCAGAAAUCUUUUCCUUUGAAGGAUGCUCCAGCCGGUAGCCUGCGGCCCAAUCCGGUCUUAGCAUCAACAGGCUGCAGAAUGGUUCGUGGACACGCAAAGCAGCAGGCUCAAGAAAAGAAUGCAGCGAAGCAGGCUUCAAUGAAGAAGAACGGGUCCCAGCUGGAUGCCCAGAAGGCGGGCCUGAAGUUCCAGUGCCCAGCCUGCUUCCAGGAGAGCACCAACUACAAGAUGCUACAGCAGCACUACGACUCGAAGCAUCCCAAGUUGACCAUCCCUCCUGAAGAGGAGUGCUGCAAGAAGCCACCCGCACGACGAAUCCGAAACGGUCGCGCACUCCGAGAAGCGACUCGGCCGAAGCGACCCAGCGCACUUUCACGGCAAUUCAGCUCUGAGAAGAACCUUUACGAAAAUUCGAUGCACUGCGCAUGGCGGAUGGCGAGCCAGCCGCAAGCUUGGCGCUGA